AUGUCUUCAUCAAGCGAAGACAGAAAAGAUACGAUUAAUAAGAUUAUUAUAAUUGCGAAUGGCAAACAAUUUGAGUUUCGAAAUGUUGUGUUGGACACUGGUUGUGACUCUGGUAUUGCUGUAUCUCCAGCCACAUUCUCCAAAAUGUUCGGCGAAGUUGGAUUAUUCAUGAGUUUCCAUGAAGGAUCAAAUGUUGAGAAAAUGGGAUUGUGCAGUGUUAACAUUCCUUCAUUAGAUAUUAGUGGAGCUUCUUCAAAUAUUGUGGCGGCUAACCAUUUUGAAGAAGAUGAUAUAGUUAUUGGCAGGUUUCUGUUACUUGAUUUUAUGAAUCUUAUUAGAGUCAAUUCCUUCAGACCUUUCCAGCUUGCCUCAAACUCUAUCAUAUAUGAACUGGAACCAGGGAAAGUACUUUGUCUUCUCUGUUCCCCAAACAACCAAUGGCUUUCUGAAUUUUCCAAUUCUGAACAAGGAGAUCAAUUAAGAACAAGAAUUAUGGCUCAACAGGAUGUUGCAAUUGGUUUGUUUAGAAACAAAAACUAUGAAUUGGCAGCUGAGGCCUUCAUUUUCUGUUACUUAAUGGGAAAAUUUGUUCACUCAGAAGACAGCGUAUUUCUAGGCACUUGUUGCUAUAAUGCAGCCUGUUGUUUAAACAAAUCAAAUGAUCAAUUUGAUAGAGCUAGAUUCUUUUGUUCUCUUGCUAUAGAUUACAGUCAUCCUAAAGCUAAAGAAUUGUUGCUAACAAUCGGUGAUAAUGAGAUUUUGCUUUAA